ACUGGUAGGCAGCGAAGCUGAGAAAGUAGUAAUGGUAGUGAAAAGAGAAUGUGGUCGGAUUCUAGCUCAUCUUCGGCUUCUGGUGAUGACCCCACCGAUGUAAACCCCAAUUUCAAUCUCAAACUAGUGGAUGAACGAUUUGGUUUGUUGACAUUGACUGAACUGGUCAGAUUGAAGCAUAAUCAUCGUGAAAAUGGCGAUGGAAUCGCUAAUAGAUCACUGAAUCAGGAGAGAAUCAAUGAUGGUGAUGAAGACAAUAAUCGAUUGCAAGUGGAGAAUGAGGGAAUGUUUAGCGAUGAAGGGUCUUUAAGUCUCAGCAAUAGCGGAUACAUCGCUGAGAGAGGGAGCAGCAGUGCCACGAGCACGUCCAGGAUCGAUGAAGCGGGUGAGAUUGACGAUAGUGAGAUUCAGGUAGUGAGAAACGAUGGGUCACUCAAAGAAAUCACCGAUUCUCAAGCUUUCUCUUGGGUGCCCGGUAAAUGCCAUGUCGAUGAGGAUGAUACUUCGAUAUCAUGGAGGAAGCGAAAGAAGCACUUUUUUAUUUUGAGUAAUUCUGGCAAACCAAUAUAUUCCAGAUAUGGUGAUGAACACAAGCUAACUGGUUUUUCGGCAACACUUCAAGCCAUUAUUUUCUUUGUGGAGAAUGGGAGAGAUCGUGUCAAAUUGGUGAAGACUGGGAAACACUAG